AUGGCGACUACCGUCUCCGCCGACGCUGCGGUGGCCGCGAGCUUCUCGGAGCUCAACGCCGCGCUCAAGCGCGAGAACUACUCGCGCGCUGUGGACAUUUGCAACAAAAUCCGCUCCAAGCUGCCGGACGACGUGGACGCCGUCAAGGUCAAGUGCGUGGCGCUCAUCCGUCUCGAGAAGUUCGACAAGGCGCUGGAGCUUGCCGUCAAGUACGACUUCCUCAGCACGGAGAAGGCCUACUGCCUGUACCGCCUCAAGCAGGAUGACGACGCGCUGAAACUGCUGGGUGGUGGCGACCUGGAGACCCAGAGCACGGCUCAGCUGCACCUGGCGGCGCAACUGCACUUCCGCAAGGGCGACUACGACCAGAGCAUCCGCAUCUACGAACUGCUGCUCUCUCGCGGCCCGGAGGGUGACGACCUCCUGGAGUUGCAGACGAACCUGCUGGCGGCGUACGCGAGCGCCGGCAGAAGCCAGGAACUGAAGGACCGCGAGAUUCCGAUUGACGAUGGAUUCGAAGUGGCCUUCAACAAGUCGUUCGUAGCUAUCCAGUCCAGUGAUUGGGAGGCGGCGGAGGAGCUUUUGCUGACCGCCGAGCGCUUGUGCUGUGAUACGUUCGUGGCGGAGGGAGCUUCGGAGGCGGAGAUUGAAGAGGAGGUGGCCGUCAUCAAGACGCAGCUUGCGUAUGUGAAGCAAAUGCGUGGCAAUCUGGAUGAUGCCCUCUCAGACUACCGCAACGUGUUGAAGCUGAAGCUCCGUAACCGUGCUGUGGGAGCUGUGGCUUCGAACAACAUCGUGACAAUCCGUCAGGACCGCGACGUGCUGGACUCGUUCAAGCGACUGAAGAAUAUCGAUACCGCGGUGUUGUCGGACAAGCUGAACCCUACGCAGCAGGAGGCCAUUCUCACGAACCGCACGCUGUUGCUGUGCCUCAUGAACAAGACGGAGGAAUGCCGCGAGAGCUUGGAAGCUUUGAAGAAGCAGUUCCCCGCGUCGAAGUCGAUUGCUGACAUCGUGGUCCUGCUAGCAAUCAAGGAUCAAUCUCCGGGAGCUGCUAUUGAACAGCUGCAGGAUGAUAUGAGUGUGGGCGGCCGUCUUGGCCUCGCGCACGUGUACUUGACCGAAGGACACGUGCUGAAGGCCGCCGAGUGCAUUCGCUCCAUUGAGGAGCUGGCGCACUCGCCGGGUACAGUGGCCACCCUUGUUGCUCUCUACGAGCAAGCUGGCGACUCGGCGUCGGCUCAGGCCGUGCUGGAACGCGCGUUGAUUCACCACAGGGCUGGCAACUACACGUCGGAGCAGGCUAUGAAGAUUCGUGAGGGAGACUGCUGGUACAAGAUUCAGAAGAAGCAGUACCGUGAAGCUGCCGACGCGUACUUGGAGCUGCUGGAAGGCGAGACUGCUGGUGCUAUGGACCGCGAUCUGCGUCUGCGUUCAAUGGCCUCGUUGGUUGUUGCUCUGUCGUUCUGCGAUGCCGAAGCUGCUGAGGCGCGUUGCGCCAUGCUGCCUGCUGUGGAGGAAAGCGGAGUCGACCCAAGUGAACUGGAGAAGCAGGCUCCUCGCUCGAACCGUUUGGCUGCCAAGUUUGCGGACACUGGCGACAAGAAGAACGAACGUAAGCGUGCCGCCAAGAGCCCGGAGAGCAUCGCCCGCAAGCGGGCCAAGCGCAGGGAGGCGCAUCUGACCAAGCUGCGUUCUCGUCCGGACUACAACGCGUCUAUUGGCCUCGUGAACCCGGACCCGGAGCGCUGGAUCCCGCGCAAGCAGCGCUCUCAUGGCAAGCGUGGCCGUCGUGGUCGCAACCGUUUCGUCGGUGCGCAGGGAGCUGGCAUGGGCACGGAGAAGGACGCUUUAAAGCUGGAUGCGGCGGCCCGUGCUGCCCGCAAGGCCGAGUCGGACAAACCUGCCGCCGUCGUGGUGUCUAGCGACUCUGGCAUUCGCAAGUCCAAGAAAAAGAAACGCAGAUAG